CCCUGAGCAGACACUGGAUCUAAGAGAAAGGAGCAGAGGCCAGGACCGAGCCACAGCCAGAGGCUGAACAUUCCCAGGAGAGAGGCUGGUGUGACCUGGAUGAGGCGCAGAGAUGGGGAAAAAGCUGGACCUUUCCAAGCUCACAGAUGAGGAGGCUGAGCACGUGUGGGAGGUGGUGCAGCGGGACUUCGACCUCAGGAGACGAGAAGAAGAAAGACUCCAGGGACUGAAGGGCAAGAUACAAAAGGAGAGCUCCAAGAGGGAGCUGCUGUCCGACACCGCCCAUCUGAAUGAGACCCACUGUGCCCGCUGCCUGCAGCCCUACCGGCUCCUCGUGAACAGCAGACGCCAGUGUCUAGAGUGCAGCCUCUUUGUCUGCAAAAACUGCAGCCACGUCCACCCAGAAGAGCAGGGCUGGCUCUGCGACCCCUGCCACUUGGCCAGAGUCUUGAAGAUUGGCUCCCUGGAGUGGUACUACCAACACGUGAGAGCUCGCUUCAAGCGUUUCGGGAGUGCCAAAGUGAUCCGGUCUCUCUGCGGGCGGCUGCAGGGUGGAGGUGGAUCUGAGCCGAGCUUGGAAGAAGGAAAUGGAGACAGUGAGCAGACAGAUGAGGAUGGAGACCUGGACACAGAGGCCCAAGACCAGCCCCUCACCAGCAAAAAGAAAAAGCGCCUGCUCUCCUUCCGAGAUGAGGACUUCGAGGAAGACUCAGACCACUCGAUGCAGCCUUGCAGCCAAACCCUGGGCCUGUCCUCAGUCCCUGAGUCUGCACACAGCCUGCAGUCCCUCUCAGGUGAGCCCUACUCUGAGGACACCACCUCUCUGGAGCCAGAGGGCCUGGAGGAAACUGGUGCAGGGGCUUCAGGGUGUUACCCCAGUCCUGAAGAGCAGCCAUACAGCCCUUUACCCUCUGGAGAGGAUGCUCACACUGACCUGCACUCACCUGCAGCAUCCUGCAAGAGGGCCCUUGGGACCACAGCUAUGCCUGGGAUAGAUGACGUCAAGGGCAAGCAUCUGCCCUCACAGUACCUGGCUGAUGUGGACACCUCUGAUGAAGACAGUAUCCAGGGUCCCAGGGUAACUUCCCAGCAUACCAAGCGGAGGGCCCGGAUUGGGCCUGAGACUCAGAUCUUGGAGUUGAACAAGCGAAUGUCAGCCGUGGAGCACCUGCUGGUCCACCUGGAGAAUGCGGUCCUGCCACCCUCAGCCCAGGAACCAGCUGUGGAGACACACCCCAGUGCUGAUACAGAGGAGGAGACACUCAGGAGGAGGCUUGAGGAGCUGACCAGCAAUAUCAGUGGUUCUGGGACCUCAUCAGAAGAUGAGACCAAGCCAGCCAGCACCUUCCUUGGAGUGUCCCCAAAGGUGUGCACAGACACAGGGCACAUGGAGACACAGAGAAGGAGCCCUCAGAGCCCUGGGAACCCUGCUCGGCCUACAAAGAGCACAGAUGAGGAGCUAUCUGAGAUGGAGGACAGAGUGGCCAUGACAGCAUCUGAAGUUCAGCAAGCUGAGAGUGAGGUCUCAGACAUCGAGUCCAGAAUUGCAGCUCUGAGGGCAGCAGGACUAACAGUGAAGCCCUCAGGAAAGCCUCGGAGAAAGUCAGGCAUCCCGAUCUUUCUUCCCCGGGUUACUGAGAAACUUGACAGGAUCCCAAAGACUCCACCUGCAGACCCUGAGGACCAAGCCAAGACCCCCAAGGCCACAGCUGUCCCCUCUCUCCUGAGGAGGAAGUACUCUCCCAGCAGCCAAGGCAUAGAUGGUAGUUCUUUUGAUCGGAAAUCAGUGUACCGUGGCUCGCUGACACAGAGGAACCCUAACGGGAGGAAAGGGACAGCCAGCCAUAUCUUCGCGAAACCUGUGAUGGCCCAGCAGCCCUAAAGGGGAGGCUCAUGGCACAAGACAGUACCACAAAGCACCCCACAGUUUCCACCACAUGGCCAUCGCAUCCCCAUGGGCUCUGUGCUCCUUGAUGCUACAGAUGCCUGUAAUCAUCAUCCCAGUGAGAGAAGUAAGAAGAACUUCGUGUGUGGAUCCACCUGUCAGACUUCAGGAUCUCAAGCCUUCAGCUGUCACCAGAUCACGAACCCGAGCCAGGGCACCUGCCAGUCUCUGACCCGGGAAAUACAAACUAUGUGACUUCCCCUCAA